CUAUGGCUUUUCCAGCCACAAUCCUUUCUGUGACUCUGAUCUUCACGUCCCUCUGCGCCUUCACCAGAGCUUCCCUACCUGCAGGCCUGAUUAUAACGAUAGUGAACAACUUCCCUCACACCAUCUGGCCCGCAAUCGAGCCCAACGGCGGCUACCCCGUCCUGGAGCGGGGCGGCUUCGCCCUCUAUAAACUCACGCACCGCUCUUUUGUGGCUCCGCGCGCCCGCUGGUCAGGCCGCAUCUGGGCCCGCACGGGCUGCGUCUUGACCCACGGGCGGUUCACUUGCGCCACGAGAGACUGCGACGGGCGCCUGGAGUGCAACGGGCGAGGCGGGUCGGCCCCGGCUACGCUAGCCCAGCUCGAACUCCACCAAGGCCACGCCGACUUCUCCAUCUAUGGCGUCAGCCUCGUGGACGGGUUUAACCUGCCCAUGACGCUCGCCCCUCACGACGGGAAAGGGCAUUGUCCCGUGGUGGGGUGUAAGGCCAACGUGUUGCCCACGUGUCCGCGCCGACUCCAGGUCCGGGCGUGUGGCGGUCGUGGACCGAUAGUGGGGUGCAAUAGCGGUUGUGCCGCCUUUAAGACCGACCUGCUUUGUUGUCGAAACAACUAUAAUAACCCGCAAACGUGCAAGGCGUCGAGCUACUCCGAAUUCUUCAAGCAUGCGUGUCCCUCUGCUUUCACCUACGCCCACGACAGCCCGUCGUCCCUCAUGCACGAGUGCUCGGCGGCGCGUGAGCUCAAGAUCAUUUUCUGCCACUAGGACACAUUGUUUAGUUGCAAUAUAAUGUAAGGGUUCUAACAACAACACAACAUAUUGUUGUAACGGAUGGAGGCUGAGUUUGUAAUAAAUGGGUAUAUUUGCCCUAAAUAGUAAAUAGUGUGUCACUCAGGAACAUGCAAUAUUAGAUGGGCAUAAGUUGUAAUGGAUGGAGGCUGAGUUGUGUCACUCAGGGACAUGGAGGCUGAGUUUGUAAUAAAUGGGUAUAUUUGCCCUAAA